AGUCGGUAUUCACAGUACAAGGCGACACAAUCGCCUUAGAACUCUCCUAGUGUGGUGUGGUGUUCGGUACCCGGUCAUAUGUUCAGCAAAUAAUAUAAAAAAGUUAAUUAACUAAACUGAAAAUGGCUAGUAGUGACUAUGCUACGAAUAAGGCUGAACCAAAUGGAAAAGCAGCAACAGGCAGUGAUACUCCUGAGAGAGCGUCUUGGGGACGACCCUUGGAGUUUAUUCUAGCCUGUCUUGGAUACGCUGUGGGUUUGGGUAACGUCUGGAGAUUCCCUUACCUCUGCUAUAGGAAUGGAGGCGGCGCUUUCCUCAUCCCAUUCUUCCUCAUGUUACUUUUCAUUGGAUUGCCUCUUUUCUACCUGGAAUUGUACAUAGGCCAGUACACUGGUAUCGGUCCCUUGCAGGCUUUCAGUGCCAUUUCUCCCUUCUUCACUGGCUUGGGUUACUGCACCCUGGUCGUGAUCUCCAUCAUUUCCAUUUACUACAUGAUUAUCGUCUCCUGGACCUUGUUCUACACUAUUGUGUCCAUCGCCGGAUUCCUUGAUUGGGGUUCCUGUAUUAAUGACUACAAUACUGAUGCUUGUUACAGUGGAGACUAUGACAACCAUUGCAGACAAAAUAACACAGGAGCAGCUACAGACCUCACCUACUAUCUGAGAGAAUGUAUUAGUAUUGGAGAUAUCUGUGUACAAACCGGCUUCGAACCCUAUGAUGGCAAGCAAUGCUUGGAUGGAAAUGAACUUAUACCAUGGUACACGAAUGUAACAAGGAUUUUGGCAUCUGAGGAAUAUUACAAUGAACGUGUGCUAGGCAGAGGUGAUGCUACUUGGGAAAACUGGGGUACCAUACAGUGGCACUUAGUAGGAUGUCUGGCUUUAUCAUGGCUCAUUGCUUUCUUCUGUGUCAUCAAGGGUGUCCAAUCUGCCGGCAAAGUAGUGUACUUCACUGCAUUGUUCCCCUACGUGAUGUUGACAGCUUUACUGAUCAGAGGAGUCACUCUAGAAGGAGCUGUUGACGGUGUCAUUUUCUAUUUAUCUCCAAAUUGGAGCACCCUACUCGAUGCUCGUGUUUGGGGUGAUGCUGCUUCACAGAUCUUCUACUCCUUCGGUGUGGCAUGUGGGUCUCUCGUCACUUUGGCUUCGUAUAACAAAUUCAACAAUAACUGUCAUUUCGAUGCAGUGUUCGUCAGUUUUACGAACUUCUUGACAUCUGUGUACGCUGGGUUCGCCAUCUUCUCUGUGCUGGGUUUCCAAGCUCAGCUCAUGGGUGUUAGUGUCAGUGAUGUGGCGACGGAAGGUCCUGGCUUAGCAUUUGUAGCAUACCCCGAAGCGUUACUUCAGAUGCCUGUCUCCAGGUUGUGGUCUAUCCUGUUCUUCUUGAUGUUGUUCAUCCUUGGUCUUGGAAGUCAGUUCGCUGGCAUUGAAGCCAUCAACACGGCUAUUGUCGAUAGAUGGCCACAUUUGAGGAAGAAUUACUGGAGGGUGACUGCGUUCACAUGUCUAACAUGUUUUAUAUUGGGAAUACCGAUGUGUUUUAGCGGUGGAGUGUACUUGUUUACACUUCUUGAUUGGAACACUGCCUCUUGGGCUAUUCUCUUGAUUGGUAUGGCUGAGUGUGUUGCUGUAUCUUGGAGCUAUGGUAUUAAUCGGGCUAUGAAGGACCUUAAGUCUAUGGGCAUGCCGCUAAACAAGGUGCUCCGUUUCUACUGGAGAGCUGUAUGGACAGUCAUCGGCCCUGUAGUCAGUCUUGGUAUCCUGAUCUUCAUAUUCUAUGACUGGACACCUCCGCACUAUGAAGACUACAAGUUCCCAUUGUUCGCUGACUUGCUGGGCUGGGCUGUCGGACUAUCAACACUCGUUUUAUUCCCAGUAGGAAUCGGAUGGGCCCUGUAUCAUGGAUAUAGAGGCAAACAACUGUUCACACCAACUGAUGCCUGGCAGCCAGCAAACAAAGCUCUCAUUGCCCCUCGGUCUGAUUCGAUCGUAACAACAGAUUCAGUACAUCAAGGACCUUACGACAAUGUGGGAUACAUUAUGUGAAUAUGUCGCUAUAUGUAAAACUAACACGAGUAUCUAGUCAAAUGAGUUUGGUUAUAUUGAACCAAACUCAAAACGCUAGUAUUAAGUUCAAAAUACAUCGUAGUAGCGACACAAAAAAACUAUAAUCAAAUGUUGCUUUUCAGGGUUCAAGUCUAUUACAACUUUUAAUAUCUGGCAUAAUUUUUUAUUCAAACGCCAAUCCAUGUUGUCAUUGCAAUUUGAGCCCUAUUUAUUAUUGGCAAAUGCAGGUUUAAAAUCGAACAGCAAUGAUAUGCUAUCUAUUUUGAUACCUGUAUAACUUUGACAGUAAUGUCGCAAUCGUGACGUCACUCGUGUCAUGGGCGUAGGUAGUACUGUGUUAUCUGCGUAACAUCAAGUGAGUCUUAUCAAGGAUAAGCUUUGUUGCUGAAAGUAAUAUCAUAAAAAUAGCUACAAAAUGUAUGUGAAAUGUUAGAACUGUUUCACUUUACGGACACACUAUAUUUUUUACUAAAACCUAAUUUAAAAUCCAUUGUGUCAAAUAAUGUUUGAAACAAUGAACACGAACAAAUCUAAUUACCGAAGUUGAUUCUUAAUGAAAUAGACAUAACAAUAUGACUUCGAUAAAAAUUGCGACGGGAUACAAAAUUAUUUAAUUAAUACAUUUUUCGUUGCAACUAUUUUCAAUAAAUUUUAAUGAAAAUAGAUAUCUGUAUAUAAGAAUCUUAGUUUAAGUAAUAUAAACCUAGUUCACUAAUCGCCAUGUAAAAAGCAGAUCAAAAAUCGAUAAACAAAAAGACUUAAAAAUGCUUUUUAUUUGAUGAUUAUUUUAGUAUUGAUUUACU